GCGUCUAGGCUCCUACCAUGAGCUUUCAGCACUUCAGGCUUCACCCUCUCACCCCGCAGACGGCACAUACAGUCACAAAUCAGCAUUCGCAGUCGUCUCUUUCGCAGGCACUUGUCCAACCGCAGACAUCUCUCUCCUCGCAGCCGAUUCUGAAUAAUGGCGGCCCAACCAUUCAGAUUCAACGCGUACAGAACGGCAUGAAGAAAGGACCGUACGGUUCAGGCGACGCUGAUGAUGGUUACACGUUGGUAUUCGAGACUAUGGAGGCGUUUCAAGAGUGGAGACGGAAGGAAGAGGAGGAGAAGAUGAUCGAGUUCGUAAAAGGAGACACGCAUGGUUCGAAAGCGGUGCCCCCUCGCUUCAAGGACCAUACCAAACUCGUGUGCGCACGUCAUACGCGUAGCGGGCGGAAAAAAUACGUGAAGAAAUAUCCUGACAGAGUGCGCAAGGUUCCUAGUCGUAAGCUUGAGGGAACAGGAUGUCCCGCCUCCAUUAGCUAUAAAACAUAUUUCGAUACGGAUGAAGUCCGCGUCUGUUACAUGUCCGAGCAUUCACACGAAAUAGGCAUGGCGAACCUCCCGUUCACAAAGCGCGGGCGUAAGCUCCAAGCCGACCAGCAGCAAUCACGAGCUAGAAGUCGCGCGGCAAGGGAAUCGAGCGAGGCAUCCAAGUCACCACCUCCGGACGAAGCAGGCCGUUCGCCUACCGCGGGUCCCUCGAACCCGCCAUCUCAGCAAGCCGGUAUACCUCCGUCAAACCCUGGCCCUACUAUGCAGACCUUCCAAGCGGCCAUACCAAUGAUGCACCACCAUCAGCAGCCGCCACCGCAGCCUCUUGCCCCACCCCCACCCCCGCCGCCGCAACCCCUCGCUCAGGAGCGGUGGGACCGGAUGAGCGUGCUAUUUCAGGGAAUACGGGAUAAUGCACGCAAUUUUGAAUACCCAGCACCGUCCGUUGCGGCGCUGGAGAGCAUCUUAAUCCGCUUGUAUCUGGAGAGCCCUAUGGGUGGCGGGGUAGUUAACGGGGGGUAGCCGUGACCUUGCCCAUUAUUACAUCCCCACAGUCACACUCUGCCAACAUGUGUAAGUCCUCCAGCCACCUUCCAGUUCUACGAGUUUAGCGCGAGACCUGCCUUGGGCUGAGCGGGACUCGAUAGACCAUGUACCUCGAUUAGCCUUUCGCUUUUCCAGCUCACUACUUCUGUGCUAUAUCCAUGAAUGUCUAGUACAGGACGGGACACCACUCAUACCUGUCCUCUCUAAGCGCUUGUGUCGUUCCGGCACGCGCAUUUGAGGCUCUAUGCUGUCUGCGAAAUCCCGAGCCCCUGGCGGUUCUGGACGACCAUACCUUACAGUUGCCGCUUUCGUGCAGUAACGAAUGGCUUUGAAGACGAGGAAGAUUCAAGUGCGACAAGUGACUUUUGCAGCCUACGCGUGGCAACGUCGCGUACGAUAGUAUUGAUUUCUCUGUGCUUUAACAGACAGACUU